AUGGAGCCGGAUGAAGAUAUUUGGGGCGACUUUCAUGUCUUCCGUGGCGACUCUACGCUUACCAAGGAUUUGCUCUUCAAAAAGGUUGGUGAAGGAGAUCUCCAAGCCAAUGUGAAGUGGUUCUGGACGUGGAUCGAUACCCUACAUACCAGUCUUCUCAAUAAUGAAGACGUCGGUAUCAGCCCGUCAGCCCAGACUGGAGAUGUGCUGGCACUGCUAAAAAGAUUCUUUCCCCUCCCAACAUCUCCAAAUCAGCAGAGAGAACGCCCGCUGGUCCUCCUAAAUCCAGAUAACACCGGAAAACUUCAGUUCGUAGAAGUGACGUACGGAGAUGGGAAGAAGAUCCAGAUUCCAGAUGGCGCCGGUGCUCUGGCUUUCAUCUUCAGCGUCGCUGCGCCCCCUGAUGCUCUCCCUCGAGACUCCACUGCGGUUCGUAGAUGGAUUAUUCCUCUACUGGCCGCAUUGUCCAGGUGCCUCUAUCUGGCGUACAUCUUCAACCAGAUAAACGGGACAGACCCAGAGCCGACAGAGGAAGGCAAUGUCAUGUCGGUUCCAGUCAUGAGCUGCGCAAUGUGGUUCGUCGAAGCAGAGAAUAAGCUACCUCGUUACCUGUUAGGGUCUACAUACACUACGGGGUCCAACAUCGACAUCAAGGCAGUUGCCAGCCUGACCAGGCGUCGGUUGAUGAACCUUUGGAGGCGUGAAGGGCUCGUCGACCCUCAACUGUCGUCCUUCGCACCUCCACGAAAGCUACCUCCUGCGAGUGCGAGCCAGUAUUUCCUCUCACCUACGCUACAGGCCGAAGCUGAGGAGCUUUUGGCCGCGGCGAUGAGGAGCGAUGCUCUCUCUUCCACCCUCGUCCCUACAUUGAAUACCUUCAUCAAGCCAGGGACUGUCGAGCCUCUUCCGAGCAAAACCCCUUGGUUUACAUUCCCGAAACCCACGGUGGAUAAAGCGACCAUCAAAGCUAAUGCCGAACUGCUGAAGAAUUACGCGGAGACCUCCCUACAGCAACCGCCUCUGGAGAUUGGGCCUCUCUCAAGACAGAACAUCUUGAAUAAUGCUGAUCCCGUGCUGGAGACCACUCUUCGCGCCGCAUUGAGCAACGUGCUUCGUAUCGUUUGGGCCGCUCGUGGUAUCCUAGACCCGAACGACGGGACGACCAUGGCUGCUCUCGAGACAGCCUUUUCCGAAGUCUCAGCGGCGUUCUUCGUGCCACACUACUACCUUCUCAAGCCUGACCUCAACAACCCUACCAAGAAGGUAUUGGACUACACGGUCGAAAUUCCGAUCGCUACAAGAGCGACAGUGGCCAAAACACUGUUCGAUACCUUGUGGACACCGGAUGCAAGCAGAAAAAUCAUCAACAUGGCCUACAGAAUUUACCACUGGGUCACUGCCGAAGACGAUGAACUCAAGUUUGCCGGUGGAGGGGUAUCUCGAUGGGGACGCUGCGCUGAAACAUAUCCGGUCUGUGAGCUCCUGCCCAAUGUGACCUCAGAGCGGAAGCUGCUUGGUGCCCCUGAUGAAUCUUUAGUCAAAGGGGUCGCUAUGGAGAUUCGCGCCUUCAGCAACCUGGUACCUGCGGCCCCAGCUGUUGGUAUCUUUGCCUUGGAACAAAGCUUUACUUGGGGCACACUUGCUGAGAUUCAUCGAUGUCGUGAUCCAGGAUUGUUCAGGCUACCGUGUCAGAAUUGCCAGAUUUUGUUGCCAGAGAUGGAUGUACGUGUGGGGAAGGAUAACUACGACACUGAGCUUUACAAACGGCAGCCAGACUUAAAGGUCGUGUAG